UCAGGGUCGGUCAUCAGCUAGCGCACCCUAAAUACGUCGUAUAUCUGCUGUGGAAGUCAAGUGUUUGAAGAAGGUGCUAAAGAGGUAAUCCGAAAUUGAAAUUGAUCGGAUGACGAUCUAUAACCUGUACGUAUUUGAUCGGUUUGGAACCUGUUUGUUCUAUCAAGAAUGGAAUCGAUAUAAGCAGUCAGGCAUGUCUAAAGAUGAGGAGUAUAAGUUGAUGUAUGGCCUGAUAUUUUCUAUUAAAUCCUUCAUCAGUAGGAUAUCGCCAAUGGACUUCAAAGAUGGCUUUCUCAACUACUCUACUAACUGCUACAGACUUCACUUCUUUGAGACUCCGAGUGGUCUCAAGUUCAUCCUCAAUACAGGCCUCAAUGUAGGACCGAUGAGAGAAGUUCUUCAACAUUUAUACAGUGGGAUCUAUGUAGAUCUGAUUGUGAGGAAUCCUCUAUGUUCACUCAACAAACCUAUCGAGAGUUUGCUGUUCAAGACCAAGCUAGAUGCCUAUAUACGGGGUUUACCUGCAUUCACAGCGGACGAAGGAACCCAACACUAAGGCUGCAUUCUUUAAGCUGGAUCAAGUUCAAACUUUGCAUUGUGUCUUGUGUGCGAACUAGCCAGAACCAUGUUAGAUGCCAACAGACAUUGAUAACCAACAACGUACAUUCACUCCAGAAUAGUUCAGUACUUCUGAGGUUCUGGAUCUGUAUCUGGAUCUGGAUGAUCAAGUCAGCAAAGUGUCCUUGUGGAGGCAUCCUUGCAUAACCCAUUGCCUACUGGAACCGGGCGGCUCCUGUAUUAAGCCUAUGUGAAUCCAGUUGUCAACGGGUUAUACUUGAUUGACUCUACGAGGGUUGGCGAAGAGACCUCAAUUACAGCUGUGGCGUUUGGACAUCAAGUAUAUUUUUUUAAAGCUUGUACAUGUAAGUGAACCAAUCGACCAAGUUAGAAGCCACAAUACAUGGUUUCGCUGCUUUUCCGGUUUAUUGCCAUUUGGUCUACAGCCAGUUCAUCUACUAUC